CGCAGCUCACCUUAAUGAUAAUUUUGCUGAGCGAGCAGGUAGGCAGGUAGCAGCCCAGUCGACUAUAAAAGCGGCUCUUGCGCAGCACAAGGAGCACAGUCAACAGACAACCACCAAAGUAACAACAUCACAUCUUAACAUUCUAACACACACCUACACACAAAAUACUCAGCUAUACGAUGGCACCCUCACAAAUGGAUUAUCCACAACACGAAAGCGCGACGAGUGUCGCCGGAUACACUCACAAAAAGUUCAGUACGGGCUGCUACAAGCACAAGAAAUUCGGCAAACGCGACAACAGUAAAAGUGACUCGACCACGGCUGCACCAUUAUUCCGUCCGUAUGCACUGAGCGAUAAUACGCCACGAAAGCGUCGUCAGGAGUCCGAGAAGCGACAGAGUCAACAGCAGCCCCAGUACCAACUGCCCCCAACGCCACCAACAACGCCACCGCAACAUCAACAUCAACAGCAGAUGCCGCAUCUGACAUAUCCACAGCCAAAUCAGUUCUACACGCCAACAGCCACGCCUACGCCAAGCAUCAAUCAUCAGGCAUUCGCCUACAUGCUGCAAAAGCAACGCACCGUGCUCCAGAUGCGCCAAUUGCUCAGCAUCAACCCGGAUGCAAAUACCUGGCCAGCACAUUUGCGCAAUGCCCUCUACUCCAUGCUGCAGCAAUGAAGGGAAUAAAUAGGAGCCGCAAUCGGUGGCAUCACAGAGAUGAUGGCCACCAACUUGGUGAUUUGCCUAGCAACCAGUGAUAUAGAAAUUUAAGUGCCUCACAAAUUGUAUAUGAUAUGAAAACAGGAAUGAAACUGAUCUAGACGUAGUAAUAA